UGUUGCAGUGAACACAGUGACCGGCUGGUAUUCGUUGGUUCCCGGGUGACUAUUAUAACCCGUAGAACCAUAAAAUCUCGUGAUUUACUCAUUCCAAUCUAAACAACGUACAUUUGUCUUAUUCUUAUAAAUUGAUGCGAGUUUUAAAACGAGCUUGACAGCGUGACAAGACGACAAGACAUAUGAAAGUAGUUUUCCAAGGCUUACGCGAUUUUCCAUGUCAACGACACGCGCGCUACUGCCAAGGCCAGCGUGUUACGCCCCGCGCACAUUGUUCGUCACCCUGUUCGUAACAUCAUUAUUUCAAAAAAGUCCCUUGGUACCCCACAGGAGUGCCAGGGUUCGUGAAUCAAGGGAAAUCAAAACGGACAUCCCACAAAAUCUUUAGCGAUUUUCGAGUAAGAACAUUGUCGCGAACAUUAACUAUACCACGCCAUCGCUUGUGCCAGCCUGAGAUGAGCGACCAUGGCUGCAUACACUUGAAUAAUUUCAAGGCAGCCAAGGGUAUACAGCCCUAUAAAGUGAUCCAUUCUUAUUUCGUCACCAGUACAUCAAAUGAGGCACGGAUCAGGAAGGCUGUAAGUUGUCUCUGUCACAUAUGUAAAACGUACAAAGAUCGAUUGCACUCUUGUCUUCACUGUAUCUUCUUUGGCUGUUAUGUUAAAGGACAUAUUCAGGAUCAUGCCAAAACGAAAAAACAUUUUUUAGCUGUGGAUUUGUGUUAUGGAAAUAUUUUGUGCUUCCAAUGUGGAGAUUAUGUUUACGACAGAGAAUUAUUAGCUGUAGCAAAGUCACAAUGGAGCGAAUCGGCAAAGUCGUUAAGCAUAGGAGAAUUUUAUCGAGCGUGGGAACCAACUCAGAGCGAAACGGAAUUGUUAAGAAAACAUCCGCGCAGGAGACGAGUAAUCGAAAAUUCUACUAUAGGUUUAAGAGGACUAAUAAAUUUAGGAAGUACGUGUUUCAUGAAUUGCAUAGUUCAAGCAUUGAUUCAUACGCCACUUUUGCGCGAUUAUUUUCUAUCUGAUCGACAUCAUUGUCCGCAACCAAGUCGCUGUUUAGUUUGUGAAGUGGCACAACUCUUUCAGGAAUUUUACUCAGGAAAUAAAGCGCCCCUUACACUUCACAAACUUCUUCAUUUAAUUUGGACACACGCUAGACAUUUGGCUGGAUAUGAACAACAAGAUGCUCACGAAUUUUUUAUAGCAACACUCGACGUUCUUCAUCGACAUUGUGAGGCUGCACCAAUUCUUGUCAAAAAUAAUCCCCAUCAUUGCAAUUGUAUUAUAGAUCAAAUUUUCACCGGUGGAUUGCAAAGUGACGUUGUCUGUCAAGCCUGCAACGGUGUAUCAACAACAAUUGAUCCAUUCUGGGAUAUAUCAUUGGAUUUGGGUCCAACUGCUGGCAGUUCAAUAACAGAUAGUACAGGAGCACCGACAUCAUUGGUCGAUUGUUUAGAAAGAUUUACACGUGCCGAACAUUUGGGAUCAACGGCAAAAAUUAAAUGUAACAAUUGUCAAACAUAUCAGGAGAGUACAAAACAAUUGACAAUGAAACAAUUGCCAAUAGUUGCAAGUUUUCAUUUAAAGAGAUUUGAACAUUCGAGUAUUCAGGAUAAAAAGAUUUCCACUUUUAUUUCAUUCCCAGAACAAUUGGACAUGACUCCAUUUACAUCGCAUCGUCGCAAUGGCAAUAAUAAUAGUGCAUUGAAAAAUAUUCCAAAAAAUGGCGAGGACACUGCCUUUACUGAUAAUCGUUAUUCUUUAUUUGCUGUAAUUAAUCAUGAAGGAUCCCUUGAAACGGGACAUUAUACGGCUUUUAUUCGACAGCAGCGUGAUCAAUGGUUUAAAUGUGAUGAUCAUUUAAUUACAAGAGCACGACUUAAAGAUGUUCUCACUAGCGAAGGCUAUCUGCUUUUCUAUCACAAACAAAUUUUAGAAUACGGACGAAAUAGCAAGUCGUAAGUCUGAUCUAAUAAUUAAUUUAUUGUACUUGAAUUAUUUUUUCGGUAUUCGAUUUUCGAAACCAUGGGUCUCGUUUUGUAAAUUGUCAAUAGCGAAGUAUCGAAGGCAAUCUAGCCAAAGAAUGCCAAUAUCAAAGAUAGUUGCGUGACUAAGUGUGAUUGUAAAAAAAAGCAAGAAAAAGAAAAAUCGAGUGAUUGAUAAAAGAAAAUUAGUCUUUGAAGACAUGGGUAGUCAAAACUAAUUGAAACAAAAACGCUAUAUUAGCGUAGAUUCUUUUAGAAUGGGGACAAAAGAAGAGUGGAUCAAUUAUUAUUAUUAUUAUUAUUUU